CCCAAGGUAGAGCGAGCGUGCCGUGCCGGGCUCUGAGACUUGCCUUGCAAUGCCAUGUUUGUGUGUGUGCUCUAACUCCCGGAGAGCAAUCAGGGAGACGGCUUCCCGGCCGGACCUGGCUGAUGUUUUCUUGUUUCUGUUUCAGCCUUCAGGAUAAUUCCUUCAGCAGCACCGCUGUAACAGAGUGUGACGAAGAUACAGUCUCUCUACAUGAAGACCAGACUGAUUGUUCUAGUCUCAGAGAUGAAAAUAAUAAAGAAAAUUACCCGGACACUGGGGCUCGAGUAGAGGAGUGCUUGCCCCCUUCGCGCGAGGCGCAGCAUGUAGAGCAGACCGUGCUGGUGGACGGCUUGUUGCGACCCAGCAUGGGCAAUUUCAAGUCCCGGAAGCCCAAAUCUAUCUUCAGGACUGAGAGCGGGAGGAACCACGGAGAAAGUCAGGAGACAGAACACGUGGUGCCCAGCCAGUCGGAGUGCCUGGGGAGAGCAGGAACCCCAGUUUAUGAGAGCCCACAGAACAACUCCUUCAGGUGCCAGGAAACAGUGCGACUCCAACCCAGAAUAGACCAGAGGGCUGCUGCCACUUGGCCAAAGGAUGCUUUUGAAACUCAGCAAGACUUAAAUGAGAAUUCCUUGCUGAAACUUCAAGCCCUUGAAUCUGAAUUGUGCUCUACAUUCUUGGCAAACCAGGAAGAAGCUGCCCAGGUGCACGAAGUCAAGGAACCUGCCCCGACGUCAAGCCAGAGUGUGCCGGCUGAUGGAGCAGAUUCUGCAGACCCCAUGACAACCCACACAGAUGGGCAGAAUGAAGCCGACAGCACACCAGAAGACCUGUCUGUCGGGACCAGCAGGCUGCUCUAUCACAUCACUGACGGCGAUAACCCACUGCUGUCACCGCGAUGCUCCAUCUUUAGCCAAAGCCAGAGAUUCAACUUAGACCCUGAGUCAGCCCCUUCUCCACCCAGCACUCAGCAGUUUAUGAUGCCCCGAAGUUCUUCCCGGUGCAGCUGUGGUGAUGGCAAGGAAACACAGACCAUUACCCAGCUCACCAAGCAUGUCCAGAGUCUCAAGAGGAAAAUUCGGAAAUUUGAAGAAAAGUUUGAGCAAGAAAAGAAGUAUCGGCCUUCACAUGGUGACAAGACUUCUAAUCCUGAAGUCCUGAAAUGGAUGAACGAUUUGGCUAAAGGUCGUAAACAGCUCAAAGAACUAAAGCUGAAGCUAUCAGAAGAACAAGGGGGUGCUCCCAAAGGCCCUUUGAGAAACCUGUCCUGUGAGCAACCCACAGUCCCAAGAGAAAAUGGGAAACCAGAAGCUACAGGCCCUGAGCCAAGCUCAUCUGGAGAGGAGACUUCAGAUACUGUGUUGACAUGCCUGAAGGAGAAGAGAGAGCUCUUCCCUGCCCAGGAGGAUUCUAAGAUAACUAAGCAAGACAAGAACCUCAUAAAGCCCCUUUAUGAUCGAUACAGAAUUAUCAAGCAAAUCUUGUCAACACCUUCUCUUAUACCAACAAUUCAGGAGGAAGAGGACUCUGAUGAAGACUGUCAACAGGGAAACCAACAACCGUUACUAGAUCCAGGGUCACGCCUUCCUGUUGGUGAUCACUUCACCUACUCUGAGACAGAGCCUAUUAGGCCCCUGAUGCCAGAUGAAAAAAAAGAAGUGAAACAAGCAGCUCUCUCCAUGUCUAAUUUACACGAGGCUACCAUGCCUGUACUUCUUGAUCAUCUCCGAGAAACUAGGGCUGACAAGAAGAGACUAAGGAAAGCGCUAAGAGAAUUUGAAGAACAGUUUUUUAAACAAACAGGAAGAAGUCCACAAAAGGAAGAUAGGAUACCAAUGGCAGACGAGUACUAUGAAUACAAGCACAUAAAAGCCAAACUGAGACUAUUAGAGGUCCUCAUCAGCAAGCAAGAUGUGGCCAAAACUAUUUGAGGUUUAGGAAAUCACCAUCGUUUCCACCUAAGAUAAAAAUCAAGCUUAUUUUCCAUUGCCAUUUGUGCUAAGUAGUUUUGACAUGUUGAAAAUGAAAGCACUUUAGUGGUAGUUAUUUUCAAGGAAGGACAGCAAGUUUAAUUAUAGACUGUACAAAGAAAAGGGAUGUAAGUGGGGGAAAAUUCAACAAGUAACCAUCUCACUGGGAAAAAAUCAGCUUCCUCCAUGCCAAGGUCAAUAUAAGUAUUUCCCAAAAUGUCUAAUGUUUUAUAAAUCUAAAUGACAUAUGCAUGGGCAAUUUGUUAGGGAAAGUUUAUUCAAUGUCUGAAGAUUAUGUCAAUGUAUGGAAAAAGCAUGAUUUUUAAAAAAUUAGAAAAAGAAAAGAGAUUCUGCCUUUCAUAUAGCAAGGAAAGCUUCCAGUAAGAAAAUAACUUAUUUGAAAUUUCAAAUUGAUUUUUAUGUGAUACAAUAUCUACUGCCUUGUCCCUUAAGUCUUUUUGACUUUCAGUACCCUAAAAUAUACCAGAAGGUGUCACAGCUACUUGUUUUUAAUUUCAGUAUAAAAAUAGUACAAUAUUUUAUCAGUUAUUUGAGAUUUUACAUUUCUGGUUACCAAAGUUCAUUCUAACAGCAUGUACUUUGUGAAUUAUCUUUGUCUAUAACUGACAGAUGUUUAUAUUAAAAUACUGUAUUAAAAUUUUAAAAUAGUUAUUUUGGAUAGAUGUGUCUUCAGUAUAUAAUCUAAUGUAACCAUAGUAUUAUUGCUAAUCUUUUUGUUUAUUAUAACUAAGAAUAUAUAACUAUUUUUCCAUCAGGAAUAUGCAUUUUUCUUAAUGUUCCAAGGUCUAUACUUCAUAAAGUGAAAAAACUUUCUCAUGAGCUGUAGUUAUUCUUCAUUCUGUACAAAAUGAAAGGUUUGGAAACUUUGUUCUGAUACCUUGGGAAAGAAGCUAGAAUAUUUUAUUUUGCCUCAUCAAUUUUAGUAUAUUUUGAGUUAUUUUGUACUAAAACACAUUUAUUUUGUUUUUUAAAAACAAGUAAAAGGCUGACAAUUUCUUUUAUGUAUGAAUCUUGUUUGUAUCUGUAUUUUCUGUAAUGUGUAAGCAUGAUAUUGAAGAAAUUCACAUUUUCAUAUAGUUUAGAUGGGAAGAAUAUUGAUUUCAAAAGCAGAAGAAUUAGAAGCUUAUUUUCUCUGUAUUAUCUGAUUUUAUAACUUUUAUGAAUGAGAAUAAUAUCCUUCAUAAAUUUGUUUAAUUGAAGUCAUCCACUUGUACACAACUACUUGAGGUUUACAAAUUACAUCUUUGAUAAGGGAAAUGGUUUUGUGACAAUGUAUACACUUGCUAUUAAAAUGUAACUCCACAUGUUCGAUAUGAUUGUAAAUAUUUUAUACAACAAUACAAAUAAAAUAUUUUUCUAUUAUAUUUAUUAUGCUGAAA